UUUUCCAGUUCAAACUUGUGCAGAACUAGUUGCUAAAGCAAAAAGACCGAUAAUGAUUGUUGGCAGCCAAGCAGUAUUGCCUCCUACACCACCUGAGUUGUUAAAGAAUGUUUUGGAGAGUCUUGGGAUACCAUGUUUCUUGGGAGGCAUGUCAAGAGGAAUGCUGGGAAGAUAUAACAAGUUACUCCUGCGACACAAGCGAAAAGAAGCCCUAAAAGAGGCUGAUUUAGUUAUUUUAGCAGGAGCUGUUUGUGAUUUCCGUUUGUCUUAUGGAAGAGUUCUUAACAAAAAAUCAAAAAUUAUUGUCAUCAACAGGGACAAAAACCAGAUGCUAAAGAAUUCAGACAUAUUUUGGAAACCAACUGUUGCUGUGCAAGGAGAUGUUGGAAGUUUUCUUGUAAAACUUUCAUAUAAUUUGAAAGGUUACAAAUGUGAUGAAGAUUGGAUUAUUCAACUGAAGGAACGUGAUGAAGAGAAAGAAAAGCAUAAUAGAAAAAUGGCUGACCAUCCUACAGAACAGCAUUUGAAUCCUGUGGAUAUACUGUUUCAUCUAGAAGAAGUGUUAGGAGACAAAACAAUUAUGAUUGUUGAUGGGGGAGACUUUGUUGGUACUGCUGCAUAUAUUCUCAGGCCAAGAGGACCUUUGAAGUGGUUAGAUCCUGGAGCAUUUGGAACACUUGGAGUUGGAGCUGGCUUUGCCUUGGGUGCAAAAUUGUGUUUUCCAGAUAAUGAAGUAGUCAUUAUUUAUGGAGAUGGUUCUUUUGGCUACAGUAUUGCGGAAUUUGACACUUUCAAACGCCAUAAGGUACCAGUUAUGGCUGUUGUGGGAAAUGAUGCAUGCUGGUCACAAAUUGCAAGAGAACAAGUGCCAAUGUUUGGAACAAGCACAGCCUGUGAUCUAGAAUACACACCAUAUCAUCAAGUUGUUGAAGGGUUUGGUGCAAAAGGAAUGGUAAUGUUUGAUGCUCAUCAUGGAGAAGAAACAAAACUUUUUGAAGAAGCAAGACAUGUAUAUCAGCAAGGCAGAUGUGUACUUAUCAAUGUACUUAUUGGUAAAACAAAAUUUCGUGAAGGGAGCAUUUCAGUUUGAUCAGUUAACUUUUAUAUCAUGCACUUACAUACAAUUAAAAAUCUUAUUUCAAGAAAAUGUUUACAUGUUUAAAAAGUACAAAUUAUAUAUUCAGAUGAUUUUUGUAAUAUAUGUACAUCUUUUUCUAUUCAAACUGUUUAAAAAGUAAAUUUCGAAUAUAAUGAAGUUAUCUUAUAUUUGAAACUUGACUGGAUAAUGUUAUGUGUGGAUGUUUGAUCCAGAGUGGAAUCAAGUACUUGUUAAUUUUGCUUGUAAGCUAAAGUCUGCUGAGAUUUUUGCUAUUUCCCUUUGAUUGCAUGCAGUUUUCAACAUCUAUUUUGAUAUAUUUACCUUAAUAUUGUAAAAAAGUCCCAAAUGGUUACUUUACAAGACAUAGUAGUAGUUCAUUUUACCUAAAUCCUUAGGAUUUUGUAUUUGCAGAGAAGGGGUAGAAUGUAAUUUUUUUUUUUACUUCACUUCAUUUACAAAAAUCUUAAAGUGGGCUUAUAAAGCUAGAAACCAGGUUUUGAUACCCAUGGUGGGAAAAGCACAAAUAGCUUUGUGCUUAACUACAAACAAACAAAGCAUAAAAGAAUCAAACAAAAUGUUCUGUCAGUUAACUAGUUUUAUGUACACAAAAAUGCAUAAAUAUAUAAGGGUAAGUAAUAUGAAAAUAAACUUUGAGUUUUGUAUAUCUUUUGUUUUUAUUAAUUGUUGGAAAGCUAAACAAUGUUUAAAGAAUUUAUUUUUCUAUAGAACUCCAUUUUGAUGGCAGGUAUUACAUACUUUUUACAAAAUUGAUAGUUAGUUAGGAGUUGUAUUAAAAUAAUCAGUGAGAGCAAAUUUUCCUCAAGAUGUUUGUGUUUUCCAACUACUUUGGGAUGUUUUGGGUGUGACUGUAAAAAAUUCUGAGGAACAUAAAAUAGUGGAUUAAAAAUAUUUGAUAUGGCCAUAGAAAUAAUUGAAAGAAAAUUAAAAUACAAAGUUCUGCUUAUUGGAAAAACUGGAUAAAAAACCUAGUUAACAACAAAGGAUCAUCCAGUUUUUGUAUUUUAUUAUGAAGCAGCAAAUCAUACAUCUUUUAUAAAUAAAAAAAUUUCUGGAAAGAGUAA